AUGCUACAGAGGAAAUCAACAAAAACUGCUGCGACUACCAACCAUCAAUCACCUCAAUGCGAAUCUACUCGCACGACAGCAAAACUGCAAUUACCUGUUGCUUGCAGUUACACUGAGCCUGUAUGGGAUCUAUUUGCAUACAUAUCUGCCGAAACGUACUCUUUUCUGCUCUGUAUUGUUGCUGAUUUUCAACGACAUUCUACUGACUCUGCCAGCGAUUGCAUCCACGAUGACAAGAUUGCUGCAAUGCUGCGAGAUAUCGCCCGUAUGUUACCCAUCCAAACAGUUUUUUGCAAGAUUUUAGAAUCUUGGGCUGAUUCUUGUGAUUUUGUUGAAACCCCCGAUUGCUCCCAACGGUCCAAAAGCUGCACGAUUGCAGCAGAAUGCAAGGAUGCAGCCAACAAAUCUUGGAAAAAGGGAAUUCGCCAAAAUGCACUUAUUGGAUGGUCUCAGGGACUUCGAUUUGCUGGCACUCAUCGUCAUGAUUGCUCUAAACCGGAGAUAGCAGGGAUCUUGUAUGCCAACAGAUCGCUUGUUUUUUUUAGUGCCAAACUCUACGAGCACGCCUAUCUGGAUAUCCGUCGUGCACUCAUGUGCGGCUACCCAACUGAUUCUAUGCACAAGCUGCUUCGACGUAAAGCACUUUGUAUCAAGCAUUUAGGCACACAGUCUGGUUAUGAAGAUGCAGAAUUGGUUUUAUACGAAGCAUUGGAUGCUAGCAGACGAGCUAAAAAUAUCGAGUUUCAGCAGACAAUUAUAAAAGAUUUGCAGAAUUUGGCACUACAAAGCGCAUCUAAAAACGACUCGACAACAGCUGAAGUUUCCAGCAACUUUCCAAACUCCGUCGACGGGAAAGCCUACAACGAAACAGGACUUUGA